AUGUCCAAAAUUACAAAUGACACUAAUGAUUUUAUGAAAGAUCCUAUAAUAAUAAGGAUUGUUAUUGGCAACAAGAACGCGGCAACAGAAACUAUUAAACAAAAGCUUGCUUAUGUUGGACAAGAAGAGGGUAAAUUGGUACCAGUUUGUCAGUUAAUACAAGAAGGCUUAAAACCACAUGUAUUGGCGUUUGUUCAAUCCAUUGAACGUGACAAAGAACUAUUUCAUGAGUUAUUGUAUGAUGAGAUGGGCAAGCGUAUAGUUAUGAUACGUAUAGCAUAA